AUGACUGUAGAAACGGUAGCCGAAUUACGCUCCAGGCGAGGAAUCGCUAAAUCCAAAAUAACUCGCAUUGAGAACUUCGUUAAAAAUUUCAAAAAUACAGAUAGCGUUUAUCACCUUGAAGUACGGUUAGAAACAUUAGAAAACGUGAUCAAAGAAUACGAAAGUUAUCAAACUCAAAUUGAGUUGCAAGACAACGCAGAUAACGAUCGCGAAAUUAUUGAGACACAGUAUUACAACAUAAUAGUUGACAUUCGGGAAAAAUUAAAUAAAUACUCACCUUCAUCGGCGUCUAGUCAAAAUAAUAGUAAUCCUAACAAUAAUCAUCACUUAGAAACGUCCAUCAAACUUCCUACGUUAAAUUUACCAACAUUUUCAGGUUCAUAUUCGGAAUGGCUGUCAUUCAACGACAUAUUUUGCUCGUUAAUUGAUCAGAACAAUAGUUUAAAUAACUGCCAAAAAUUUCACUAUUUAAAAUCCUCAUUGAAGGGAGAAGCGUUAGCGACAAUUGACGCUCUCACUAUUUCGGUAGAUAAUUACAAAUCGGCCUAUGACUUGUUAAGAAAAAGAUACAAUAACGUAAGACUAAUUACUCAAGAACAUAUUUUAGCUAUCAUUAAUAGUCCUGUUAUCCUUAAAACAAAUUCUGUAGCUCUGAGAAAAUUAUGUGUCGACGUUACGACAAACAUUGAAGCACUUCGCAUACAAAAUUUACCCGUAGAAAGUUGGGAUGCAUUAAUUGUCCCAUUAAUUGUAGAAAAACUAGACUAUACAAGUCGUAAAGAAUGGCAGGCAACAUUAAAUAGUGAAAUACCAAAAUUGACGGAUCUGAUUUCAUUUUUAGAAAAACGUUGCGAACUUUUGGAAUCAAUGCAACAAAUAUCAGUAAACAAAACACAUAGCAUAGAUCUUAAUAAACAUAAUAAUAAUUUCAAUAAAAACUGUCAGCGCGAGUCUACAACAAAACAACGUAUUUUGGUACAAACUAUUAACAAAAACAUCCUUAGGUGUAAUUACUGCAAGUCAGAAUUGCAUUUAAUAUUUCAAUGUACAGAAUUCGUAAAUCUUUCAGUAGAACAACGCCUCUCUCAUAUUAACAAGGUCAAAUCAUGUACGAAUUGUUUAAAAUCUAAUCACAUUGUGUCAAAUUGUAAAUCGACUAAUACUUGCAAAAAAUGUCACUUACGACAUCACACACUGCUUCAUAUACCUGAACAAUCGACAAGCAAUUUGUCAUUAUCAGUGUCACAUAUGAACAACACCACUGUACUUCUUGCAACAGCAGUGGUUAAAAUUGCAGAUGCUUUCGGAAAUUAUCAAGAUUGCAGAAUUAUAUUUGAUUCAUGUUCACAAAGCAAUUUAAUCAGUACGAGUUUAUGUCAAAAAUUGGGACUUAAAUUACAAUCAAUCGAAUUCCCGAUUAGUGGAGUAGGCGAAAUCGAAACACCAGUUAAAAAUUCGACUAGGGUAACCAUAAAAUCUCGUUUUAAUCCAACUCUUUACAAUCUCAAUUGUUUAGUAUUGCCUAACAUCACAUCAAAAUAUCCAUGCCAAUUCUUUUCAAAAUCUCAGUUCAAUAUACCCAUAAAUAUUAAUUUAGCAGAUCCUAAUUUUAAUGAACCCUGUACCGUUGAUCUUUUGUUAGGUGCAGAGUACUUUUGGCAAGUAAUUUGUAACGGUCAAAUUAACAUAUUUAAUAAUCAAGUAUUCCUUCGUGAGUCCGUUUUCGGAUGGGUCUUAACAGGUAAAAUUUCCGGUCCUUCGCAGAACAAUAUUGUCGCCUGUAUUUCAAACGCAAAUCCCCAAGAUAUGCUAAACAAAGAAAUUCAUAAAUUUUGGGAAUUAGAAGAAACAGCUGUAAACACCAGUAAUUCCUUUUCCGUGGAAGAACUUACCUGCGAACGGCAUUUCUCAGAAACGGUCAAAAGAGAUAUUAACGGUCGGUUUAUGGUACGCCUACCCUUUAAGAAAGAUAUUGCCACGCUGGGGUUUUCCGAUGUAACCGCCCUAAAACGUUUUAUGGCACUAGAAACUCGUUUGAACAAAAAUAAUUCUCUUAAAGCCGAUUAUACAAACUUUCUAGACGAAUAUUUAGCUCUAGGUCACAUGAAAUUAGUUACAGGUGAAUCUGAUUUUCACACUAAACAAUUAUAUUUUUUUCCACAUCACGCGGUGAUAAAGAGUUCGAGUACUACCACCCGAGUGCGUGUGGUGUUUGACGGAAGCUGCAAAACAAGUACGGGUGUCAGCUUAAACAAUAUUCUAAUGGUAGGUCCAACUAUUCAACAAGACUUGUUUUCAAUCAUUACGCGCUUUCGGACCUACCAAUUCGCAUUCAGUAGCGACGUAGUAAAAAUGUAUCGUCAAAUAUGGGUCGAUCCUUCAGAUACACCUUACCAAAGGAUUUUUUGGCGCAAGAGUAGUGACAAACCAGUUGAGGUAUAUGAGUUACAGACCGUAACGUAUGGUACCGCGUGUGCCCCAUACUUAGCUAUCAAAUGUUUACAAAAAUUAGCCAUCGAUGAACAACUCGAUUUUCCUCUAGCCUCGACAAUUAUCUUACGCGAUUUCUAUGUUGAUGACUUGCUUACGGGUACUAAUUCAGUCAAAGAAGCCAUAGAAUUACGCAAUCAAUUAAUUGACGCCUUAAAUAGGGGUGGUUUUCAAUUACAAAAGUGGGCAUCUAAUUGUCCGGACAUUUUGCCCAAUCGUAGUCAAAAUAACGAUGUAGUUAAAUUAGACCAUAACGACGAGGUCAAAACACUAGGUUCAACGUGGAAUUGCAAAACGGACUGUUUAAAAUAUGUCGUGGAAACAAAGCCCGUGGAAAAUACUACUAAACGAUCCAUCUUAUCAAAAAUCGCGAGAAUUUAUGAUAUUCUAGGUCUCUUGUCACCCGUCCUUGUUUUGGGAAAAAUCUUAAUUCAAAAGUUGUGGCUCAUUAAACUCGACUGGGAUGAUCCUUUACCGGAAGAUAUACGACAAACGUGGCUUAAACUUGAACAAGAAUUACCCAUAUUAAACACACUACAAAUACCUAGAAAGGUUGUAUCAAAUCAAUACAAUAACGUCGAAAUUCAUGUAUUUUGCGAUGCGUCCAUGUCGGCUUAUGGUGCCUGUGUUUAUAUCCGAACGUUGGACUUAAACACAAAUUCGUACAAAACAGAAUUAUUAUGCGCACGAUCACGUGUUUCUCCAUUAAAAACUAUCACACUGCCUCGACUAGAAUUUUGCGCAGCCGUGCUAUUAGCCCGCUUAAUACACAAAUUAUUACCUACAAUAAAUCUAAACAUAACAACGCAGUAUAUGUGGACAGAUUCAUCAAUAGUGUUAUCUUGGUUAGCAUCAUCGCCAAGUACCUGGAACGUUUUCGUUGCAAAUCGCGUUGCUGAAAUAAGCACAUUAACAAGUAUUUCUAAUUGGCAUCACGUUAAAUCUGCUGAUAACCCUGCAGACAUUGUCUCAAGAGGUGAAUUACCUAGUAAACUUAUUACGUCUGAUUUGUGGUGGCACGGUCCACAUUGGUUAUCAAAAAAUAAGUCAGAAUGGCCAGCUUCAUUCGUUAGUUCAAAUGCACAAAAUGUACCAAUUUUGGUGGUGACCAAUGACAACGUACUUCCAUUGUUAAUAAAAUAUCACUUAAAACGUGUUGCGGGUAAUGCUUUAUUGACGUAUGAGGAGCUCUAUACGCUUUUGACGCAGAUUGAAGCAUGCAUCAACUCCCAAUCCCUGACUCCAUUAUCCUCUGACCCGAGCGAUCUCACGGCCUUAACUCCUGGGCAUUUCCUCAUCGGCGGAAAACUAACAACCUCAGUCGAAGACGAUGUUACAAUGGUGAAAGAGAAUCGUCUGUCACGGUGGCAACGCGUCCAACAACAGGCGCAAAGCUUUUGGAAGCGCUGGUCAGGGGAGUUCCUAAACAAGCUGCAACAAAGAAAGAAGUGGAAUCGCACUGCUAAAACAGAGGUGAAGCCAGGACUUCCCGUUCUACUACGCGAAGACAAUCUCCAUCCGAUGUGCUGGCGAAUGGGAGUCGUCAUGGAGACACAUCCAGGAAAAGAUGGGAUCGUCAGGACAGCCACCAUCAGGACAUCAUCGGGACCUGUCGUGCGGGCCACAAACCGAAUCUGCCCGUUCCCCAUCGACGACGACACCCAGGUUUGA